ACGGAGGAAACGGUCCGGGGAAGAGACGGCCGGAGCCCCUGCGCACUGCUGUUGCUCGCGAGGGUGCCGACGGAAGUGCUUCUCUCCGGUCACCCUUUACAAUGGUGUAGUUGGGAGCCGUGUCACGUGACUUCGUUCUAAGAUGGCAGCGUCGGGGACUGGGCUGCAUACGGAGGCGGACGAGUUCGAGGACGCGCCUGACGUGGAGCCGCUGGAGCCGACCCUGAGCAAUAUCAUUGAACAGCGAAGCCUGAAAUGGAUUUUCGUCGGAGGGAAGGGCGGUGUCGGCAAGACCACCUGCAGCUGCAGCCUAGCUGUGCAGCUUUCCAAAGUACGUGAGAGCGUUCUCAUCAUCUCCACUGAUCCUGCUCACAACAUUUCAGAUGCCUUCGAUCAGAAAUUUUCCAAGGUUCCCACCAAAGUGAAGGGCUAUGACAACCUUUUUGCUAUGGAGAUUGAUCCUAGCUUGGGUGUGGCUGAGCUUCCAGAUGAAUUCUUUGAAGAGGAUAACAUGCUAAGUAUGGGCAAGAAGAUGAUGCAGGAGGCAAUGAGUGCCUUUCCUGGUAUUGAUGAAGCCAUGAGCUAUGCUGAAGUGAUGAGGUUGGUGAAAGGGAUGAAUUUCUCCGUGGUGGUGUUUGACACAGCACCCACGGGGCACACGUUACGGCUGCUCAACUUCCCCACCAUCGUGGAGCGGGGACUAGGUCGCCUGAUGCAGAUAAAGAACCAGAUCAGCCCCUUCAUAUCGCAGAUGUGCAACAUGCUUGGUUUGGGAGACAUGAAUGCUGACCAGCUAGCCUCCAAGCUAGAGGAGACUCUCCCUGUCAUCCGCUCAGUGAGCGAGCAGUUCAAGGAUCCGGAGCAAACUACAUUCAUCUGUGUUUGCAUUGCUGAGUUCCUCUCUCUGUACGAAACAGAGCGGCUCAUCCAGGAGCUGGCCAAGUGCAAGAUCGACACCCACAACAUCAUAGUCAAUCAGUUGGUCUUCCCUGACCCAGAGAAGCCCUGCAAGAUGUGUGAGGCCCGGCACAAGAUCCAGUCCAAAUACCUUGACCAGAUGGAAGACCUCUAUGAAGAUUUCCACAUUGUAAAGCUGCCACUCCUGCCCCAUGAAGUUCGAGGCGCUGACAAAGUCAACACUUUCUCAAGUCUGCUACUGGAGCCCUACAAGCCACCGAGUGCAAAAUGAAGCCCUAUGGACUGGCUCCCAUUGAUUUCCCCUGUCAACCAUUCCAUGCCUGCCCUUCCUCACCCCUUUCUUGGUGGAACUCCCUCCCCUUCCAAAUAGCCUCGUUUACCUCUUGCAGUUGUGUGAUUGAUGGGAUGGUGGUGGGGUUGGAAGAGGCAGAAUUUGGAGGUCCUACUUGUUUCUUCCUUCAUGCUGAUACUUCAUGGGACAUCCUAAAACCAGCCACAACAUUGAAUCUUUCCCCCUUAGUGACCAGCUAGCUAAUUUAAACGUGGGUCAUCAUGUUUUCUCUCUGUCACUCCAGCUUCUCCUUUUUAUCAUAUCUCCUGGCACUGAGGCCUUUUUGGUUGAGGUUCCAGUCAGGUGCUUUGGUGAAAGAAUGUCACUCUAUUUACACCAAGGCCAUCCAUCAUAAUGGGAGGUAUGUAAAUAAACGGUAAGGGAAACUAGUUUGCUGCUGUCCUUCAGUCAGGCCAUAGUUUUCACUUCUGGUGGGAGAUCUCAGCAGAGUGUGGAGGACACAUGGGAAUGCUGGAGGGUGUCCUUUGUUGGAGGGGAAGCAUCUUUGCACAUCUUCUGCUUGAAAGCUUUGUUUUCUUAAGGCUAGGAAAGCAUGAAGAAUGAAGAUGCCUUGUACUGCUGUUCAGCUUUUCCCAGGAGUUGAUGAGAAGUGUGGAUUUGUAAUCACCAUGAACCCCCAACUUUUCAGGAGCUAUACAGGGUUUUCAAGUUCCAUAUAUCUUAAGUAAAUAUAACACGAGAGUCCCAUGGUCAGAUCUUCCACGAUCUUUAGUUUAAAGACAGUCAUGGUGUGACUUGAAGUGGAAUAGGAGGAGUUUCCUGUAUGGGAACAGCAGAAGGAGAAAAAUAAUACUUUCUCUCCCCAAAGCUAUUAGAUCUGUUGGAGAGAAAAGAUGAGUACCUCAGCAAGAAUAUAGUUCUAAUUCUGUAACUAUGAUGGGUCUCCUAAGAAAUCCUUCCUACAAACCAUCAAUUUUGUUGUAAUUCAACCUGUAAACUGAUACUAAAGGAACUAGCAAUUCUGCAUGGUAGCUGAUGGAAAUAGCUCCCAUUACUGUUUCUGGUGUGAAGAUUAACGAAUGUAUGAGAGGGAGCUUAGAAGCACAUUAAUACAAUAAAGUAUUAUAUAUAUACA